GCCCGCGGCGCACGCUUGGCUGACGGGAACGACUUCUGUCUGAAAAGGAACAUACUGAAAGUUUUGGAUUUUUAAAAUUCUUAUUUUUGUCUCAUUUGGGGCUUAACGUGCAGGUCCUUUCUAAUGUUCUUCGACAUUGUUUUUAAUUACUGAAUAAGAUGGCAGUGGAACUGGACGAAGACGCAUUGCAGGAGCUGUACACCUGGGUGGAUCACAUUCCUUUGUCCAGACCUAAGAAGAGCAUCGCUCGAGACUUCAGCGAUGGAGUGCUGGCUGCUGAAAUUGUAAAUUUUUUCUUCCCAAAGAUGGUGGAGUUGCACAAUUAUGUCCCCGCCAGUUCUACACAGCAGAAGUUAAGCAACUGGGGAACUCUCAACAGAAAAGUGUUCUAUCGGCUGAAUUUCAGCAUCCCAGAAGAUGUUCUCAGGAAAGUGACCCAGUGUUCUCCAGGGGUUGUGGAAAUAGUCCUUAACACUCUGAAACAGAAAAUAGAGGAGAAGCAGAAGCAGAAUCCUAACAAGAGCAGUGCACAGGAUUCCAAGCACAAUACUGUCCAUCAGGGCUCCAACGAACCUGGCACAGGUUAUGCCAAGAUUGCUGCAUCACCAAAUGGCGGCCAUCAGAAUCCCGCCAGUCCCAGAAAAACCAACAAUAUGGACCCUGCAACACGUGUCCUUCUAGAAGAGAAGCAACAAGCUCUUCUAGCUGCUCAGGAAAGUAUUCAGGUUUUGAAAGCUAAAGUCCGUCGCUUAGAACAUCUCGUCCAUCUGAAGGAUGUCCGCAUUGAUGACCUCACACGGCGUCUGCAGGAAGCUGAACAAAAGUCCAAAUGAACAGGCCUCACCAUCUCGGCAUCCACAAGAUCAAGACUGGCAGUUGGUCAUCUUAAUCAAUGCUUUUGAAGUGCAGGCCCUGCCAAGCUGUUGAAACUGGGUUUACUGAACCUAAUGCUGUAUGGUUUUAUGUGUAAUGCAGGUUCAUUGUUCAUUUACAGAUACAUCACUAAUUUAUUAUGGAAAAUAUAUUUUAGCCUUUGUUUUCAA